AAUGUCACCAUUGAUAAUGUUUUGUAUGUACCUGAGUUUACAUGCAAUUUGAUAUCUGUGAGUAAGUUAACAAAAGAUUUAAAUUGUGAUGUUAUAUUUUUGCCAACUUUUUGUGUUUUACAAGACAUCACCACAAAGAAGUUGAUCGGAAUGGGUGAAAUGAAUAAUGGGCUUUAUUAUUUCAAGCUAGUAAGAGAAGCCAAAAUCUUAUUCAUAGGCUAUUCAAAAUCCUAAGUGGAGAAAAGCAAUGGAAGAUGAGAUGAAUGCACUUGAAAAGAACAAUACUUGGACUUUGGAGACACUACCCGCUGGAAAACGACCCAUAGGUUUUCAAUGGGUUUACAAGAUCAAAUACAAAGUAGAUGGCAUUGUCGAGCGAUACAAAGCACACCUUGUUGCAAAAGGAUUCACCCAAGUUGAAGGAUUAGACUACUAUGAUACCUUUGCCCCAGUUGCCAAGCUAGUCACUGUUCGAUGCUUACUUGCUGUUGCUCCAAUUCGCAAUUGGGAGUUACAUCAAUUGGAUGUUCACAAUGCCUUCCUUCAUGGUGAUCUUGAUGAAGAACUUUACAUGCAUCUACCCCCAGACAUCUUAGUCGAAUUGGGCAUGCUUGGUACAAAGCCAUCUCUAUUCCCCAUGAAGCAGAAGCUUAAACUCACUUCAGAUGAUGGCCCACAUCUUUCUGACCCUAUGCAAUACAGGAGACUAGUUAGGGGUCUCAUGUAUUUGACAAUCACACAUCUUGAAAUUUCAUCUGUUGUCGAUAUCCUCAAUCAACUCAUGCAAGCUCCUCAACGGCCUCACCUCGAUGCAGCGAUGCGUGUCUUACGCUGCUUAAAAUCGUCACCGGGCCAAGGAGUUGAUCAUCCCCAACCCAUGAAACCGUUCUGUGACAACAAAGCUGCAAUUCACAUGGCUACCAACCCAGUUUUUCAUGAACGUACAAGGCAUAUUGAAAUUGAUUGUCAUUUUAUUCGGGAAUGGAUCCAAGCUAGAGUUAUUACUACUUUUCAUGUUCGUUCCAAGCUCCAGCUAGUCGACAUCUUCACAAAAGCUUUGGGAAGUGAUCAAUUCCAAUUCCUUCUUCGCAAGUUGGGCAUUUUUUACUUGCAUGCUCCAACUUGAAGGGGGGGGGGGUGUUAGAAUUAAAGUCUUCUACUACAACACCACAAUCAAAGUUCUAGCCAUUGGCCCCUAAUCCUCGCCACUUUCCAUUUUACAUUUUACCAUUGUAAAUAGAUUUGCUUAGGAGAUUUCAUUCAUUUGGCUGCUCUUGUUUUGUACAUAAAUACUAAAGCUUUUCAUUCAUG